CAGUCCGGAACAGGAGUGAGCGUAGAAGCUGUGGACCCCGUCUUCCAGGCUAAGAUGUUGGACAUGUUGAAGCAGACGGGCAGGCCGGAGAUGGUCGUUGGAUGGUACCACAGUCACCCCGGUUUCGGGUGCUGGCUGUCGGGCGUGGACAUCAACACACAGAGCUUCUUCGAGGCGCUGUCAGAGCGAGCGGUUGCAGUGGUCGUUGACCCCAUCCAGAGUGUCAAAGGAAAGGUAGUUAUUGAUGCUUUCAGACUGAUUAAUGCCAACAUGAUGGUGCUGGGUCAUGAACCAAGGCAAACCACGUCCAACCUGGGUCAUCUGAACAAGCCAUCAAUCCAGGCUUUGAUUCAUGGACUUAACAGACACUACUACUCCAUCACCAUCAAUUACAGAAAGAAUGAGCUGGAGCAAAAGAUGCUGCUGAACUUGCAUAAGAAGAGCUGGAUGGAGGGCCUGACCCUGCAGGACUACAGCGAGCACUGCAAGCUUAAUGAGACUAUUGUCAAAGAAAUGCUGGAGCUGGCUAAGAACUACAAUAAGGCCGUUGAAGAGGAAGAUAAAAUGACCCCAGAGCAGCUGGCUAUUAAGAAUGUUGGAAAACAGGAUCCAAAGAGACACUUGGAGGAGCACGUAGACGUUUUAAUGACAUCCAACAUCGUUCAGUGCCUAGCUGCCAUGCUGGAUACGGUAGUUUUCCAGUGAUGGAUCCCUCUGUGUAUAACUGUUCAUAUUACAACCAUUCUUUUCUUUUAUAUAAAAAUAAAUGUAUGUUGGAAAUUA